AUGAAGCCCCUUAGAGAGCAAGACUCAAGGAGAUUAUUUUUUAAUAGAGUAUUUGGGUCUGAAAAUGUCGGCUCGGUACAAUUCAAAGAAAUUUCAGUUGAAAUUCUCAAGAAGUGUGGCGGGUUGCCACUUGCAAUUAUCACCAUAGCUAGCCUAUUAGCUUGCCAUGAAGCAGGAUCUUCAAAUGAGUGGGAGAGCAUAAACAAUUCUCUUGGCGCGAAGUUUGCCACAAAACCCAUAUUGGAAGAGAUGAGAGGUAUACUAAACCUUAGCUACACACAUCUUCUUAUUCAUCUCCGACCAUGUUUUUUGUAUCUUGGCAUGUAUCCAGAAGACCGUUUGAUCAUUAGGGAUGACCUAGUUCGACAAUGGAUCGCCGAAGGAUUUGUUUGUAAUUUGCAUGGAGCAGAUUUGGAAGACGUUGCCAAGAGUUAUUUCGUUGAGCUUAUCAAUAGAGGUCUGAUUCAGCCUGAGAAAACAUGCUAUGGGGAUGUAAUUACAUGCAGGAUACAUUAUAUGAUGCUUGAUUUGAUCCUAAGCAAGAGUACAGAGGAUAAUUUCAUCAGUGUGGCAUAUAAGCAUGAAGACAUGGCAAGAUUUAAUAGUUGUGAGUACAAAGUUCGUCGAUUCUCUCUCCAAUCAAGUGUUGGUGGUGCAAUGUCGAAGGCCCUUGCUACUAGCAUGCCACAAGUCCGAUCAUAUACACAGUUUGGAGAGUCCAAGUACAUGCUUCCUCUUCCACAAUUUAAGUAUCUACGGGUGCUUGCUUUUGAGUUUCCGUUUAACUGGAAAACGACAAUCGACCUCAGGGCAACUGGCCAUUUGUUUCUACUAAGGUAUUUGAAGGUUUCAGCUCUGUCCGCAGAAGUAGCGCUCCCUGCAGAAAUUCAAGGGCUUGUGCAUUUGGAAACUCUUGAGUUACAUUGCCGGCCCAUACAAAGGUUCCCAUCGGAUAUCACUUGCUUGGCCAACUUGUUUCAUUUGAUACUUCCAGAGUGCACAUUGCUUCCUGAAGGGAUCCAGAACAUGAAAUCAGUUAGCACCCUGCAUUGUUCGGACAUGUCAGAGAGUUCCCUCAAGGAAAUCAAAGGCCUUAGCGAGCUGACUAAUCUGAAGGAAUUGAAGUUACGUGUGCCCACUUACUACCCAGGCAUGACGAUUGAAUGUUUCGAUGCUUUGCUCUCCUCCAUUGGAAUGCUUCGAAACCUCAAGCACCUCUCCCUCGAGUGCUGGCAUAAAUACGAUGGCUAUGACAGCUAG